CACAGCUGGUCUAUGAUCCUCGAAGCGAGCUGACGGUCGAGCGACUAUCAAUGUGAUUUCCGCGAAUAUCUACCGAUCUGUCCGGACCUGGCCGGAGCUGGCCGGAGCCGCAACGAAUCGCGUGUCGGGAAAUCCACGAAAAUACGUCGAUCGCGACUAUCGCAUGUAGUGAACAGUGCGAGUGUGCGUUUAAUGCUAUGUAGCCUGGUGAACAACGCGGGUCGGCACGAGGAUUUUUCGCUUUGGCCCUGGAUAAACAAAAGAGCAUCCCCUCUCGACGUGUUCUUUCCCCAACACAAAUAAUGUCACAUUUAAGCUAAGUAAUAUUCAACGUAAAGAAGAAGAGAUAGAUGAGAGAAAAAUGGCGUCCACCAGCGGGCAUAAGAGAAACGGCUCCAGCUCGAGCAUGUUUGCGCACAAACGCACCGAAUCAGGGGGUGGUUUCGUCGGUUACAAGCGAACCGAGGGUGGUCACAAACGUGCCGAGAGUAUAUCCAGUGCCUUUGGCCACAAACGAUCCGAGAGCGGCCAUAAGAGGAACGAGAGCAGUAGCGGUGUUUUCGGUCACAGGAGAUCCGAAUCUGGCAGCAACUAUCAUGCCGGUCAUCGACGUAACGAAAGCAUGUACGCGAUGACGGGACUGUAUGCGGAAACCGCCGGGACUGGUACCGACGAUAAUGCGGAUCCGCUGCAGGCGACCAACGGCAGAUUAACUCACGACACCGUCAUAAGGUGUCACAGUAGAAACCCAAGUUCCGGCCUUGUGGAUCAUAGAGAUUUUAUCAUCAAAUGUCACAGCAGGAAUCCAAGUGCUUCUAUGGUGGACAGGACGGAAAAGGAGAGGGCUCAAACCCCGCCGUUCAAUCCGGACUCCAAGGACUGUGGGAUUCUAAAUUGUAGGCCGGCCUUCAUUCAGAGAUUUGCCGGAAUAAAGGUGUUCGUAUUUCUCCUGUCGUUCCUUGUUACGUUGCAACAGGCACUUAGCUCAGGUUACAUCAAUUCUGUGAUAACAACCAUAGAGAAGAGAUUUGAGAUCCCGUCCAGCCUUUCGGGCCUCAUUGCGAGCUCUUAUGAAAUCGGCAAUGUUAUCACUGUCAUCUUUGUCAGUUAUCUCGGCAGUCGCAGACACAUACCUGUAUGGAUAGCGAUCGGUGCAGUGAUAAUGGGACUGGGAUCGAUGAUCUUUAUGGUGCCACAUUUCACAGCAGAACCCUAUUUGACGACAACCGCAAAUCAUUCCAAUUCAGAUAAUAUCUGUCGCGGCGUUUCAUUACGCGAACAAGAUAUGGGUUUGGGUCGACUUUCAUCAGGGUUAUCUUCACCUCCCUUAGCACCACACAAUAAUUUAAGAGGUGAUAAUUGUAUACAGGGCUCUCCGUCUACAGCCGGACCUGUUACGCUAUUUGUACUUGCUCAGUUACUAUUAGGAUGUGGAGGCUCUCCUUUAUUUACUCUUGGUACUACUUAUAUAGACGAUCAUGUGAGACCGGAAAGUGCAUCUUUAUAUAUCGGUUGUAUGUAUAGUAUGGCGGCCUUUGGACCAGUUUUAGGUUUUCUUCUUGGAGCAUAUCUUUUGUCUUUCCAUAUGGACUCGUUUUCUGGAAAAAUUAUAAGUAUUGAUCCUGGAGAUCACAGAUGGGUUGGUAUGUGGUGGGGUGGAUUCCUACUUUGCGGAUUGCUCCUUAUUUUAGUAGCGAUACCUUUCUUCAGUUUUCCUAAAACUCUACAGCGCGAGAAGGAAAAGAUACGAAUUAUAGAAAAAAAUAAGGCAUUAUCGCAAAAAGAAAAAGAGCAAUCAAAAGAACCUAAAAAGGAGAAAGUAGACGAUAGCGGUUAUGGAAAGGAUGUUAAAGAUAUUCCACGAAGUAUGUGGAGGCUUGUUUGCAAUCCAGUCUAUGUUGUAACAUGUUUGGGAGCAUGCAUGGAAUUGGUGAUUGUAUCUGGCUUUGUAGUAUUCCUACCCAAGUAUCUCGAAACACAAUUCAGCUUGGGGAAGAGUCAAGCCAGCAUCUUUACGGGCUCUGUCGCUAUACCAGGCGCCUGUAUCGGAAUUUUUUUUGGCGGAUGUAUGCUCAAACGUUUAGAAUUAAGGCCAAAGGGCGCAGUGCAAUUUGUUCUCGUCUCAAAUAUAAUAUGCCUGGUGUGUUACGGUCUACUGUUUUUCCUCGGCUGCGAGAACGUAAAAAUGGCUGGGACCACUAUUCCGUACUUUAAUAGUAGCACAAAGGGUCCUGAACCCUUUCAAGUAAAUCUUACUGCCGCAUGCAACUUUGGUUGUGAAUGCCGUAUGACGGAUGUCGAACCGGUUUGCGGAAAUAAUGGUCUGACAUAUUUUAGUCCAUGUCACGCAGGUUGCACUGCCUUUAGUUCCAAAUCGAAUUUUACAAAUUGCGCAUGUAUACAUGGUAAUCUAACUAUGUUUCCUCCGGCUGCUCCAGAAUUUGCAGAAGUGACCGUUGUGCCUGUAGCAACCGCAGGUCCUUGUACUUCACCAUGUAGAACUAUAUUUCCAUUUUUGAUUCUUUUGUUUUUUAUGACAUUCAUUGUUGCCGUGACUCAAAUGCCUCUGCUUAUGAUAGUAUUACGAUCCGUUUCCGAAGAAGAAAGAUCUUUUGCUUUGGGUAUGCAGUUUGUAAUUUUUCGGUUAUUUGGCUAUAUACCGGCACCGAUACUAUUUGGUAACUUGAUUGAUUCCACGUGCUUGCUGUGGAAGAGCACCUGUGGAGAAAAGGGAGGUCGAUGCUUACUCUAUGAUAUCGAACAAUUUAGAUACAGAUAUGUCGGCCUAUGUGCUGGGAUAAAAAUUUUAGCUUUGGCCCUAUUUUUGAUUGAUUGGUGGCUUGUAAGGAGAAGAAGACAAAUGGAAGAUCAACCACCAUCUUUCACUGUCAACGAGUUUGUAGGAUCAAUCAUCAGUCUAGAUAAAUUGUUUGAAGAGAAACCACAUCAGAAUUUAGGGGAUGGUGAUGCGACUUUACCAAGUUCUGAGAUUGCAACACCAUCUUCUAUUUCAUCGCCUACAGAACCUACAAAGUCAACGAAUCUCGAGGAAACAGGGUCGUCGAAUCAAACGCAAGAUUCAACUGAGACGACAAACCGCUCAAAAAAUAUGGAAGUUGAAGUUCCCGAUACGAGGCAAGCACCACUUGCCAUACAAGAACCAGAUGUUGAGAUCAAACCUUCAAGUGGAAGGGAUGCGGAUCAGCACCAGAUCUUAUCCCAAGGAACUAUACUAUAAAUAGUUGAUGAUUUAUAUUCAGAAAAUCUGAAAGAAGAAUUACAUCACAACAUAAACUUAUAUGUGAGGUUGCCAUGAUAAAACGAUAUUUCUAUGCAUAUGAAAUGAGAAAGAUGAUGACACGGGGCGUGUAAUUAAUUUUAAAGGAUAUAUCGAUUCGCAAAUGUAAUUUAUAAUUUAUGCGUAAUUUAUAUUUAUAGACUUAUAAUAAUAUUACACUUAAAUACUUUUGUAAGAAUUUUUCUCCUUUUUACAUUGAUGUUUUUAGAUAAUGAUGCGAUACUAAUAAUUCCUAUGAUUACUGGAUUUUUGACUGUCCCGUCACAGUUUGAAUUUUCGUAAUUAUUUUUUCCUUUAACCUCACGAUCAACGUUAGUUUUACGAUUAUCAUAUUGUACUGCUAUUAUUAUUACCAUUAUUAUCACACUAUUAUAUUAUUAUUAAUAUUAUAAAUACUAUGAUUAUUACAUAUUACCACCAUUAUUGCUACGAUACUAUCGCUCUAUAUUCUUAAUUUUACAAGCAUUUUUUUUUUUUUGGUUUAAUCCUUUUUUUGUUACAAUCAGUAAGAUUCCUGCAUAAAACAUUCCGAAGCGACGGUAAAUAAAAUAAAUCAUUUUAUAAGGAUGUAUCUCUGCGCGCGCGCAAGUAUGUGUGUGUGCACGACUGUGUCUUAACAAUGAAUGAUUAACAAGUGAAUGAUCGAGUAUUUACUAAAGUUUGUAGUAUGUACACAUCCAUACAUACAUUCAAUUAAAAAAACUUGUUAUGUACAUAUGAUUAUAACUAUAAUUGUAAGCUGCUUAUAUAGAUAAUGUAUUUUUUGUAGGGACCAUAAUAUAUGAGCGAAGUAUAUAAUGUUAUGAUUAGUAUUAAUGAUACAAACUAAUUAAUUCUCUGUCACAUUUGUGUGAAAGCAAUACGCGAUUACUCGAGAUACGGUAGUGAAGAACAAGAGAAAGGUCAAGGUAUAAAAUAAAUAUUAUUUACACUUCUCUUUGAUGAAUCAUCUUCGAUAAUUAUAAUUGUAUGAAUUAAUACGAUUUUUAUUAAAUAUUGAUUGUAAAGCGACAUAGGAUACGUGGCGAGGAAUAUUAAAAGUAAAGAAUAUAAACAGUGCGAAACGUUUGAACAUUUAAAUCCAGAGAAUUCCUUUUUGCUUUAAAACAUAGAAAUGAAAAUAUCGCAAAUUGGGAUUUGCCUUAAAAUAGAAAGAUUAUAAAUAACUC